AUGUCUACCCCUUCGACAGCCACCGCGACACACCCUUCGCACCACCCGCAACACUACGCAUACCCCCAUCAUCAACCUUACCAACCAAACCCAUCCUACCCGACCACGUCCGCUGCAGGCACUGCUCGCCUCGUCACCUCCGCCUAUCCCUAUACCGUCAAUCCUCAGACUACCUCCCUUCCUUUCGUCCAAUCCCCCAAGACCAUACCCACAGCUCCCACGCCCACAACCGCCUCCACAACAACCACUAUGCCUCCCGCGCCGAACCCGGUGAGCGCAGCCUCAGCCGGGCCAAAUGGCCGUAGGAGGAUACCCAACUGGGGCGAGUUCUAUAAGAAUGGCAUACCCAAAGAGGUCAUCGUGAUCGAUGACACGCCGCCCCCGGAGCAGUCCCAGGCGGCCUCGCGCAACCAGGGUGCGGCAUACUUAAACGCCCCCAAUGGUACAGCACCUCAACCGGCCGGCAAGAAGCGGCGCACUGGUCCCGACACCACUUACGACCUCGCAUCCUAUGAUCGACCCUCUUUCUCGAUCAACCCCCAACAGUACGGCGAGGAGUCUUCGGCCGAGUCUCUGUCCACCGACCGGACGACAUCACUACAUACUACCGCGCCCACCUCCCUAUCUCAGGGUAGCUCGGGGGCCAGCAACGGGAUCUACUACGAAGAUGCCAACACGGGCCAGAAACGCAAGCGGGUGACCACCCGGAAGUCUGCUCGGGAUGAGCAGAAGAGGAAGGAGUUGGAAACCGCUGGUGACGCGUUCCUGAGUUACGUCCCGCCUCCGAAGCCUAUCAUCAAGGCAAAGGACGUGCCGGUCCCAGUGAUUCGCGAUUAUGGUACUCGGGCUGAGAAGUAUGAUGAUGACGAUGGCCACUAUAUUGUGACGCCAAAUGUUCCAUUGACCGAUCGGUACUCGAUCGUCAAAUUACUAGGACAAGGGACAUUCGGGAAAGUGGUCGAAGCGUACGACAAGACCCGCAAGACCCGCUGUGCGGUCAAGAUCAUCCGAUCUAUCCAGAAAUAUCGCGAUGCCUCGCGGAUUGAGCUGCGAGUUUUGUCCACGUUGGCCUCGAAUGACAAAGCGAAUCGAAACAAGUGCAUUCAUCUGCGGGAUUGUUUUGAUUUCCGCAAUCACAUCUGCAUUGUGACAGAUCUCCUGGGGCAAAGUGUCUUCGAUUUCCUCAAGGGGAACGCCUUCGUGCCGUUCCCCAGCAGUCAGAUUCAAAACUUUGCCCGGCAACUGUUCACCAGCGUUGCCUUCCUCCAUGACCUCAACCUCAUCCAUACCGAUCUCAAACCCGAAAAUAUCCUGCUCGUCAGUAGUGCAUACCAGACCUUCACAUAUAACCGUACCAUCCCUUCAUCCUCUUGCGCCAUCUCCCGCAGCGCUCGGCAGCGACGCGUAUUGCUGGAUAGCGAAAUUCGCCUGAUUGACUUUGGGUCUGCCACGUUCGAUGAUGAGUACCACUCGUCGGUGGUGUCGACUCGACACUACCGGGCGCCAGAGAUUAUUCUGAAUCUGGGCUGGAGCUUCCCGUGCGAUAUCUGGAGUAUCGGAUGUAUUCUCGUGGAAUUCUUCACAGGUGAUGCUCUAUUCCAGACCCAUGACAAUCUGGAACACCUGGCCAUGAUGGAGGCCGUCAUUGGAGAGCGGAUUGACACCCGGCUUGUCCGGCAGGUGAUGCAGGGAGGCCGGAGUGGAAGUCAAAACCAGGCUGCCAAAUACUUCUGCCGCCUGCGUCUCGAGUAUCCUAAUGACCAGACCACACGGGCUUCACGGAAGUACGUGCGAGCGAUGAAACAGCUUAUUGAGUUCAUUCCGAGCACUACCAAGUUUCAUCGACUGUUCCUUGAUCUGUUGCAACGCAUCUUUGUGUACGACCCGAAAAACCGGAUCACCGCCAAAGAAGCCUUGAAACAUCCAUGGUUCAAGGAGUCGUUGGUAGAUGACGGUACCGAGGCCCUACGGAUCGGUGAGCAACUACAAAGGAAUGGCCAACGUCGCCAGUGA